AUGAGCGGAGAGUUCCUUGAUAAACAAGAAGAUCUCGACGAACUCACUGCACAAUAUAUUGAGAGAAAUGGUGGAAAUAACUUAUUAUAUGCUGAAUAUCUUCGUAUGACAGCAGAUCUUGCAGCAGAAUCAGAUGCAACAGUUUUUAAUCAUCUCGAGCCAGAUAUUAAAUACACAGUUAACGAUAAAGCAUUUAUGGAAGCUUUAAAGUAUUGCAUUGCAUUUCUUAAGUCAAAUAAGAUGGUUGAAACUUUAGCCACAAUGAGAACCGAGUAUCCAGAACUUCCAAACAAAACAGGAUAUGCUAGACGUACUGAAAUUGAAAGAUCAUGGGAAAACAUGCUAGAAACAUCCCAUAAGCUCGGCCAGCGUAAAUUUGAGAAAACUGUUAAGAAUUUUGCUAAUGAACUUGGUUUAGAAGAUUACCAGCCAAAGAAAUUCAAGAAAUCUGCCGAACAAGCCUCAGAAGAAAAGAAACGUUCUCAUCAUCAUCACCAUUAA